GCGUCACGACGUCACCGCGAAGUGGCGCGCUUUAUGUAAUAGUCAACAGCUGCGAGCUUGAGGUUGUGCGAGGUUAACGGACAGCGCUGGUGCGAGCGGACAGCGGGCACUAGCCUCUUAUUCUGAGUUUCUGUACUUGAAGUUCCAAAAUGGCAAUGCAAAUGAGAACUGAAGAGAAUGCUGCAGUUGAAGAGGAAAAUUUUGGACCACAAGCUAUAUCUCGUUUGGAGCAAUGUGGAAUCAGUGCUAAUGAUGUGAAAAAACUGGAAGAGGCUGGUUUCCAUACAGUGGAGGCAGUGGCCUAUGCCCCAAAGAAGGAACUGCUAAACAUCAAGGGCAUCAGUGAAGCUAAAGCAGAGAAGAUACUGGCUGAAGCAGCUAAACUUGUGCCGAUGGGCUUUACUACAGCUACAGAGUUCCACCAGAGGCGCUCAGAAAUCAUUCAGGUCACAACAGGGUCAAAGGAACUUGAUAAACUUCUACAAGGUGGAAUUGAGACUGGUUCAAUCACUGAGAUGUUUGGAGAGUUUCGCACUGGAAAGACCCAGCUCUGUCACACAUUAGCAGUGACAUGCCAGUUACCUAUUGACCGUGGUGGUGGAGAGGGAAAAGCUAUGUACAUUGAUACUGAAGGUACUUUCCGCCCAGAACGCCUUCUUGCUGUUGCUGAAAGAUACAACCUUUCAGGAAGUGAUGUACUUGACAAUGUUGCAUAUGCUCGAGCUUUCAACACUGAUCACCAGACCCAGCUGUUAUACCAAGCAUCUGCCAUGAUGACAGAAUCCAGAUAUGCAUUGUUAAUUGUGGACAGUGCAACAGCCUUGUACAGGACAGACUACUCUGGGAGAGGUGAACUAUCAGCUAGGCAGAUGCAUCUUGCACGUUUUCUACGAAUGUUGUUGCGACUAGCAGAUGAGUUUGGGGUAGCUGUGGUAAUAACUAACCAGGUUGUGGCACAAGUCGAUGGGGCAGCAAUGUUUGCUGCUGAUCCAAAAAAACCAAUUGGUGGAAACAUCAUUGCUCAUGCAUCAACAACGAGGUUGUACUUGAGGAAAGGGCGAGGUGAAACCCGUAUCUGUAAGAUUUACGACUCUCCUUGCUUGCCUGAGGCAGAGGCUAUGUUUGCUAUCAAUUCCGACGGGGUUGGGGAUGCUAAAGACUAAAUGUGAAUGAUCCUUCCUAGUCCUGUGCUGGAAGCUAUCGGCAGCAAGCAAACACACCCAGGACAAUCAAUAAAUACUGUGUGUAGACAUCACACUAACGUGCUGUUAGUGCUUUGAACUUGUUGCGGCUUUCAGCUUCAGUAAAUAAAGCCGCACUUAAUUGUUAUCUGAUGUUUCAGACAGAUCGAAUAUUAAAGUUGGGAGCCAUAGGGAGGAUGAUUUAUUAUGACCCCAUGUUUAUAACAUUUGGCUGAGGUUAAAGUGGGCAGAGAAAACUACAUUGAACAGAGAUUCAUUAUGUGUUUGUGUUAAAUGAUUUCCAGAUUCACUAGCUGCAGUUUCAGUAACAGUAACUUGAGCUCUGCUGUGUGAAUCACCACUGUAGAGUCCAUUGGUAGCAAACUGGAAACCUGUUGAAUGCAUAAGCUGGCACUGCAUGAUGCUUUUGGGUUUCCAAGUUUUAUAGAUAAGAAGUGCCCUUUUGGAAAUGAAAGAAAAUGAACCACAUAGCAGCCGUUGAGCAACCAUACCAAAUUGACCCACGUGCCUGUCCCAUAGAGGGUCACUGAACCUAUCAAUGCUGCAAGAAGACUAUUAGGAAGCAUAUUCCCUUCUUUUGAUUUUGUUUCUUUGAUUCGUUUUAACUAACAAGGUCUGUUGAGGGUGUAGAAACGGGUACAUUUAGUGCAUAAUUUUGUUAAACUAUGUAACAAUUAAAACACAUUGCUUUAACAGAGGAAUUUGCAAUGCUUCUGUUUCUUAGUGCAUCCUAAACGGGGUGCCAUUUACCUUUUAUACAUAAGCCUGAUAAAAAGCCAUUCUUGGUAAUGAUGGAAAACUUGAAAUUCAUAUUAAUAAACUACUAUGACAAUUACUUUAA